UGACUUGUCAUUAUGACAUCACUAGUCGAAAAAGUUACAAUAAUUUGAAAUAUUUGAAUUCAAAUUUAGGAUUUUAUUUUUUUAGAUUUUAAUUUGGCAUUGAGGAAAUUGAUAAUAAAUUCUGAAGUGAAUUGGGUUUAAAUGCGUAUGAGUAAAUAUAUUUGUUUGAGAGUGGAUAAACCUCAUUUAAAUACUUAUCAGGCCAACUGAAGGAUCCCCUUGAGUGGGUUUUAUUUUCAUUGCGAUAACAUACAAUUUCACCUUCUAUUUCUAUUAUUAAAAAUUUUUCAGUCAACUGAACCCCAUAAAAAUGGCAAUAAAGUUUAAAUUAAUUGCCGCAUGUUGUGAUAAUAUGGGUAUAGGUAAAAAUGGAGAUUUGCCUUGGAGACUAAAAAAUGAAAUGGCUCAUUUCACGAGGAUGACAACAGAAACUCUGGAUGCAAAUAAAAAAAAUGUUGUGAUAUUAGGAAGAACUUCUUGGGAUUGUAUCCCUAACAAAUACAAACCACUGGCAGGAAGAAUAAAUUUCAUAUUAACUUCUAGAAAACUUGAUGUUUCACAAUUUGAAGAUACUUAUGUUUUCUACUGCUGGAAUGAUAUCGUUAAUAGGUUAAACGAUGCAAAUUUCAAACAGAAAUAUGAAGACGUUUGGGUUGCUGGAGGGAGUAAAGUGUAUGAAGCUGCUAUGAGUUCAGAAUAUUUCUACAGACUCUAUUUAACAAGAAUUAAAAAAGAAUUUGAAUGUGACACCUUCUUUCCUAAUCUAGUUAGUCACGUUGAGAAAGUAAGUGAUACUAGGGUUCCUCAAGGUAUUCAGGAAGAAAAAGGAAUUCAAUGGGAAAUUGAGGUUUGGGAAAAUAGAAAAUUGAAGCUGGAUAAUUGAUUCAGUGAUAACCAACACAAUCACUAGAUAGUAGGAAAAUAUAAAAACAUUUUUUGAUCACAUUUUUAUCGUUGCAAUAUAAUAUUUUUACUGAAA